UGUACCGGAAUGAGAGCUGUAAUCGAGGGCACUUCUUUUCGUAAACAGGGAAACGUCUAAUUCAGCACUAUAAACAGUGUGGGGAUUAGUAGGACAAUGCGGACAGCGAUGGGGUCGUUCGUUUUUCAGUAUCCUAAAACUAUUGCGCUCGUCACAGUAACAGGAGUUGGACUUUUUGGUGUGAAGAAAUGGAUGGCAGGUGGAGUAUGUCGCAGCAAAGCCCGGCUGGAUGGGAAGGUCGUCUUGAUCACUGGAGGCAACACUGGGAUUGGCAAAGAAACAGCUGUUGACCUGGCUAGAAGGGGUGCGAGGGUCAUUUUGGCCUGUAGAGACAUGGACAGAGCUAAUAAAGCUGCAGAGGAUGUGAGGAAGAGGAGCGGAAAUGACAGUGUGAUUGUCAAAAAGUUGGAUUUGGCAUCUCUGCAGUCAGUACUACAACUAGCCAAGGAUGUCCUUGCAAGUGAAGCGCGACUGGAUGUUCUCAUCAAUAAUGCAGGUAUUAUGAGCUGUCCAAAGUGGCAGACUGAAGAGGGCUUCGAAAUGCAGUUUGGUGUGAACCACUUGGGUCACUUCCUGUUGACAAACUGUCUGUUGGAUCUGCUGAAGAAGUCCGCUCCGAGCCGCAUCGUCAAUGUCUCCAGUUUAGCUCAUGAGAGAGGUCAAAUCUAUUUUGAUGACAUAAAUCAAGACAACGAAUACCGCCCUUGGAAAAGCUACUCACAAAGUAAACUAGCUAAUGUCCUCUUUACAAGGGAACUGUCCAACAGACUACAAGGUACUGGAGUAACGACAUACAGCCUCCACCCUGGAGUGAUCCGGACUGAGCUCGGCCGGCACUUCUGGCCCACAAUGCCCCUGUGGAAGAGAGUUGUAUAUACCCCACUCAUGUUCCUCAUCAAGUCUCCAACAGAAGGGGCACAGACCACCAUCUACUGCGCUGUGGAGGAAAGUUUGCAGAAUCAAAGUGGACUGUACUACAGCGACUGCGCCCCUAAAACAGCAGCCCCCCAGGGUCUGGAUGAUGAAGCUGCCAAGAAGCUGUGGGAUCUGAGUGCCUCUAUGGUUGGUUUGACAUAAUCACAAUGACAUCGAUGAUGGUGACGAUGAUGAUGAUUGUCAUUAUCACAGUACCAAUGGACUUCCAAGUGGCCUGAGGAAAUACUGGUGCUCGUUCUAAUGAGCAUCUGUGUGGCUACUAGCAGCUGAGCUCCUGCUUAAUGUGACAAAUGAAUAAAUAAACAAACACCAGAUAUUCACAAGUCAUAGACAUUUAUUCAGAAUAUACAACAAACUACUUGCAAAAAUACUAUCGAUUAACUUAUGUUUUCUUUUCCUUAAACAGAAGCAAUGCUUCACAGGUAGGUUACAUGGAAGCUGUAUGAUCUUUAGUCUCGAUUGCCAUUAGCGUGAAAUGACAUUAAAAUCGACAAGUUUCACCAAUGUCUCAGUUGACUAAGGGCUGGAAUGUCAUUCAGUGUUUCAUUAAUUCAUCAUAUAAGAAUUUCAUGUGCUUUGAAAGUUUUUCUUAACACUGUUAAUAGAAACUUUUUGAGUUUUUUUUUUUCCUUCUGGGCAAUAAAGUGCGGUUAUACAUA